CACACACACACACACACACACACACACACACACAUCGCUUCAUGAGAGGAAAGACCGAUAUUUUAAAAGAUAUUUCUGUUUUGUCAUGUUGGGCUGUUGUUGCUAACCGCACGUACACACACAUAUUUGAGCAAUCACUCGGGUCAUGGAGGGCGACGUGGAUGAAGAUGAUGGGACUUUUACUAACAUCUCACUGGCUGAUGAUUCAGCUGACGGUGAACCUACAGUCCUGCGCUUUAGACCAGAGGAGCAGUACAACACCAUGAAUUGUGAGAUUGAUGGAGAUAUGGAGAAUCAAGUUGAGCAAGAGGAGAAGACAAGACUCAUAAACCAAGUGUUGGAGCUUCAGCACACGUUAGAAGAUCUCUCUGCACGUGUGGAUGCAGUUAAAGAGGAAAACCUGAAGCUCAAAUCAGAGAACCAGGUUCUUGGGCAGUACAUCGAGAACCUCAUGUCCGCCUCAAGUGUGUUUCAGACCACCGACACUAAAAGCAAACGGAAAUAAGUGAACGCGUGUAUCACCAACAUCAUCUCUACAUUCAGACUACACAUAAGCCGCUGCUUGUUUUGUAUUUAUUUUGUUGUAAAAUAUACAGAUGCAUCUCUCA